ACAAGUAGGUCCCACUAUGCAGCACACAAAUGUCCUCAACAGCGGGGGCUUCCUUUUCUGAGAUUUCCUCCAUCGCACACCACCAUCAAAAUCGCCAGAUCAGUACAACCAUUCGUCGGCACAUCUUCAUCGCUCAAUGGGCUGCGCUUCCUCUGUGCCUGAUAGGACUACGAGAGGGCCAUCUGGUCUUAAUCCUGUCAGUGAAGGUGCUUCCGAUGCCAAAAAUUUAAAAGUCAAGCUUGUGCUACUCGGAGAUUCCGGUGUUGGAAAAAGCUGUAUUGUUCUUCGUUUUGUGCGUGGUCAAUUUGAUCCUACGUCCAAGGUGACUGUUGGAGCGUCGUUUCUCUCUCAAACAAUAGCAUUGCAGGAUUCGACCACUGUCAAGUUUGAAAUCUGGGAUACUGCUGGCCAAGAAAGGUAUGCUGCACUUGCUCCACUUUAUUAUCGAGGAGCGGCAGUUGCAGUGAUUGUAUAUGAUAUAACGAGCCCUGAGUCAUUUACAAAAGCUCAAUACUGGGUUAAGGAACUGCAAAAACAUGGGAGUCCUGAUAUAGUAAUGGCGCUGGUUGGGAACAAAGCUGAUCUUCAAGAUCGCAGAGAAGUACCUGCAGAGGAGGGAAUCGAAUAUGCAGAAAAGAAUGGGAUGUUUUAUAUUGAGACCUCUGCAAAGACAGCUGAUAAUAUAAAUCAACUCUUUGAGGUUUGCCAUGGAAGGAAAGAAAAAGAUAGAAAAAAGAUGAUGAUGGGGAACAAUUUCUUGAAAGAGAUGAUGUAACUGUUUGGCUUCAUAUUUUUUAGGCCAACAUAUUCUUUAUCAUCUUUUUACAGCAAUUUUCUUUAUAAUUGUUUUUUGAAGAAAUUGUUUUUUGAUUUAUUAAAUCAAUGGAUAAGAUGAAUCUGUAAAUAUAAAAGGCUAUUAAAAGCUGUUAUAGUAGCUACAAUUUUAUUGUAGCCACUGAAGAUUCUUCCCUUUUUUCUCUCUCAUCUCUCACUUGUUGACUUAUAUUUCGUUUUUA